ACGGUAUUUAAUUCGGAAUUGUUCCCUCCGCCGCCGUUUUCUCUUCUUUCGUUACUUGUAAUCCGUAUCCAUUCUCCGGUGCAUCUCAUACCAAAAAAUUGUGGUAUUGUAGUGCUUCCAUGUCAACUUCUUACUUGCCCCAUCUCCCUCCUCCCAGCUCCAGAUAUCGCCUUAACGCUCCCGCGCUAUCGAAAUCAUCUCUGCCGCCGGUUCGGACCUCUAUCGUCACUGCCUCCUUACACAACGCGAGGUGGCGGUUAUCAUGCUCUAGACGCGAAGACACUUCUUUGGAAUCUGUCAACUAUGAGUCUGUAGAUGAUGAUAUUCCACAAGUUGUGAACUCGGAAUUCGAUCAACCCAAUAAUGCCAAGAGCCACUUGGUAUUCCAUCUUAACAAGGCUUUUCAUGCUGUUCUUCACAUUGAACCUUGGACAGUAAGGACUAUUGCGCAGGUAAUGCUUCUAUGGAUUGCUUCAUUCUGGCUGGUAGGGUCUUGGAUAAUUCCAUUCCUAGCACAUUCUGCAGGGUUCAGAAAAGAGUCUCUGACGUAUCAAGGCUUAGCCUUGUACAGUUUAUUAACUGAUGUUGCUGGAGGUAUUGCAGGGCUGGCAAUCCUCCAUCAUCGUCUUGCAAAGUUUUUUCCACUUCCAUCCAAUUGGUUCAAAUUUAGCUUAGGCGGGAAGUGGCAUUUUGAUGUUGGCUUGUGCUGCAUUAUGUUUCCUUUGAUCAAUCGACUGUCACAGGUGAACUUAAAUUUGUUUCCCUUUCUUCCGUCUACACCUGUCACAGUUUCAAAUGUAGGGCAAUCAAUUGUUGUGAGGGAUCCGGUGGCAAUGACCCUUUAUGCAAUACUGGUUUCAAUCUGUGCACCCAUUUGGGAGGAAAUUAUCUUCCGUGGAUUUCUUUUACCAUCGUUAACCAGGAAUCAAUCAAGAGCCUUAGCUUCUCCUAUGGAGACCUCUCAGUCUCUCUCGAUUGAUAGCUUUUCCUACAGUUGGCUGGUGAACCUGAAGCCGUCUUUUGAGAGCCUCGAGAGCUCCUUCAGGGCCUCUCUUUCUGACGAGGAGGCUUCUUUCAUCGAGAUGGAUCCGAAGCUCUCCCCUUCGAAGAGAUUCUUCAGCGUUCCCCAGGAUUUUAACUUUGAUCUCCCUAUUUCAGAUUCUCCAUUCGCGAUUGUGCAUGCAGACGAGCUCAUUUCCAAUGGCUUCCUCGUGCCUCUCUUCUUCAAGCCGAGGAGGAGCAUGGAGGCGUGUGAUGCUUCUUCCGACUCCAUGCCAACGACUCCUUCCACUUCAGUUGCCCAGAACGAGAUCCUGCAGUCGUCCAGCCCGCCCUUGAGAAGUUGUCGACGAUUAUCCAGGCAGUUUUUCCAGAAAUACCUCGACUUUCUUCGCCCCAUAUGCCAGAAACUACAACGGUGCAGGCUCCGGCCUAGACACAGAACCGCGAAUUCAAGAAUGAAGAACUGGGCGGAUUUCUCGUCUGCAACGUCCCCCAGAACAAGCAGCGUCGAUAACUGGCGCAGGUCCUUCGACUCCGAGAGCUCGAUUCACGAGGCUGUGCUACAUUGCAAAAGGACCAUUGGCAAUAAAUGAAUAGACAGACAAGAAAGAGCAGAUGAGAGGCUAUAAGGUGUUGAUGAGUCCAUUGUUCCUCUGUCACUUUCUUGUUUUUUACAAGAACGCUGUUGUAAAUUUGUCUUCUUUGGGGAAGUGGAAGCUGUACAAAUGCAUCACAGAUGGAAGAGUUUCAUCUCAGCAAAAGAUAAAAUUCUCAUUCUUUUUUUUUUUCUUCCCCUUUUUUCUUUGGGUCUUUUAGUCUGUAAAACAAUUUCCAGCUGUUGCAUUUGUCCUUUUUAAAGAUACUAUUAAUUAAUAUAAUUCUUAUUUCAUGCGUUCCAA